AUGAACGAGCUACCGGGCACCACUCACACUGCCUCUACGCUCUCCAAAGAGUUCUCGGAAGAUGUCAACGAUCCCGGUGCUAUGUACAAUAGCACCACUCCCACCAACGGCCAGAGAGAGGUCGACUACACCACUCUUUCAGGGGUCGAUACCCUCCCGGUCGGCGAUGUCAACCAGCCCGACUCGAGAAGCUCGGAUAACACGCAAGAGAGCGUUCAGUCAAUCGGAGAGCAACUCGAGUCUACAUACCAGACCACAUCAUCCACGGAAAUCAAGCAGAUCAUUGUUUGUCUCGCCCACCUCGAUCUCGCUCUUGCCAAGCAGACUCACCUCAACAACCUCCAUGAGGCACAUACUGCUAAGAACUUCAAGGAGCAACGUCAUCUGAACAAAGACCGCAAAUUGCGUCUCCGCGAAACCGUGAAGGAUGCAGACACCAGAUUUGCUGUCCUUGACUCACAGCGCAUGGAGCAGGAAAAGUCUGUCAAGGGAUGUGAGAUCCGUUUGAACAGUUAUGGGCUACAGCUACAGAACGUCAAGGACAGGGUUAAGAUGCUUGCCGAGGGUGGUGAAUGGAUGGAAGGAGAAUUGACCAGAAUGGAAAAGCGUUGUGAAGCUCUGCAAAACGACAUCAAGGUGUUGGAAGGAGACAAUCAGCAGUUGAAGGAACAGGUCAAGGCUCUGGANAAAGAAGUGGAGGUGCUCAAGGAAAGGGACACUGUGUGGGAAAGAAGAUUGGCAGCGCUGGAGGGGUUGUUCAAGGAGAGAAAGAAGAACGAGAAUUGGUUCGAGACCAGUGCGAACCAGAAGCGUGUGCUGAAUGCUGCCAGGCUUGUCCCGGGCAAUUAUCGCAUCUUCUCGGGUUUCCGUUGA